AUGAAUCCUGGGUUUUACCAGGAAUAUUGGGAUAUUGUGGGGGGAGAUGUGUCUAAAUUUAUUGUGAAUUGCUUGAACUCAGGCUCGUUGCCUGAAGGAUUGAAUGAUACUAAUGUGGUCUUAAUCCCGAAGAAAGAUGUGCCUGAGACAAUAGCUGAUAUGAGACCAAUAGCACUGAGUAAUGUUCUGUACAGGAUCAUGGCAAAGGUAAUAGCCAAUAGGAUGAAACCGCUCAUGGGGAACCUCAUCUCUGAGGCUCAGAGUGCUUUUAUCCCUGGGAGACUUAUUACUGAUAAUAUUUUAAUAGCUGCGGAGGUGGGACAUUACUUGAAUAGAAAACAAUGUGGAAGGAAGGGGUGGGCAGCAUUGAAAUUGGAUAUGGCCAAGGCGUAUGAUAGGAUGGAAUGGCAGUUCCUGAGACGGAUGUUGGAGUGGGGGUGUAACGCCAACCAGGGGGUUGCGGCAGGGGAUCCUUUGUCCCCAUAUUUAUUCCUCAUAUGUGCAAAGGUUUAUCUGUGUUAUUGCAAAGAGCGCAAAUAUCUGAGAGCAAUGAACAAGUAUUGGUGGGGCACUGGUAUGGAUAAAGGAAUACACUGGAAAGCCUGGGAUAAGUUAAGUAUCCCAAAGAAAUAUGGAGGAAUGGGGUUCAAAGAUCUCAAGAAUUUUAAUUUAGCAAUGUUGGGAAAACAGGCAUGGCGCCUACUCACAAGUCCAGACACACUUGUUGCAAAAGUCUAUAAGGCAAGGUACUAUCCUAAUACCACUUUUGUUGAUGCCAAAGUAGGAGGAUGCCCGAGCCACUCAUGGAGGAGUAUUAUGGCAGCUCAUGAUAUGGUGGUGGCACAGGUGCGUAGAAGGAUAGGGGAUGGUAAAACAACACUGAUCUGGGGACACCCGUGGUUGCCUGAUAAUCCUAGCCCUUUGGUGCAGACUGAUAUGCCUGUAGAGCUCAGGCACGCUAAAGUGGUAGGUUUAAUAGAUGAGCACACUGCUACCUGGGACCCACAUAUUUUAGCAGAUUUAUUUGAGGAGGAAGAUGUGAGUAGAAUAUUGAGGAUACCUGUUAAUCCAGGAUAUGAGGACUCAUGGUAUUGGCCUGAUGACCCCAAUGGGAUAUACACAGUUAAAAAUGCCUACAGACACAUUAUGGGAAUUUAUGAUCACUCGCCUGGGAGUUUUGAGAAAUGGACUAAAAUGUGGGGGAUGAAAAUACCCCCAAAAUGGAAGACUUUUUUGUGGAGAGCAGUUUGUGAUAUUCUUCCAACUACUAACAACUUGAUUAUAAAGAGGGUGGAAGGAUUGCCAAUAACAAAUAUUGUUGUCAACUCAUUCCCCGAGUGGCUAACAAUUGUGCUUACGAUGUUCACAGAGGACCAAAGUGCAGCGGUGGUGGCCUUGCUUUAUUGCUUAUGGAGAUGCAGGAAUUCAGCGGUAUGGGACGGUACACUGCCGCGGCCUACGACGGCCUGGAGACAGGCCACGGCGGCGCUCCACUCCUACCGGCAGGUCAUGUGCCGUGGCACGGCGGCUCCCACGACGACUACGGCAGAUGGCGACAUCGACUCCACCCCACGGUGUUACGUGGAUGCGGGGUAUCGGGAGGACACGGGGGAAGCUACAUAUGGUAUUGUGCUGCUGUCUCCGGGAGGAACUUUUAUUGCGGCGAAAAAUGGGAGACUAUCGAAUUGUUUGUCACCAUUCAUAGCGGAGGCACUGGCAUGUAAGGAAGCUCUAUCCUGGCUUUUGGAAAAGAAUAUAACAACGGUAACGAUUCAAACAGAUUGUUUACAGCUGAGGAAUGCGAUACGGCAGAAUACAACUAUUAUAAUGUCCUAUAUUGGAGUAGUAGUUGACCAGUGUAGGACUUUAGCUUCGUAUUUUAAUUAUGUCUUGUUUAAUCAUGUUUCUAGGCAGAUUAAUGCGCAUGCGCACACGUUAGCUUCAUUAGCUUUUAUUCAGGAUCAAGCUAUGUAUUGGGAUUCUAUCCCUCCAGACUGCAUUGCAGCUUUGAUUCAUUAA